AUGGAGGAGCGGAAGAAGCCAACAACGGUGGCCAUGCUGAAGCUAAGCAAAGAACAAAUCGGUAAAUUGAAAAGCAAGGCAAAUGAAGAUACACCAUACAAAAACACUACUCGUCCAUAUAGCAGAUACGAGGCUGUGGCUGGGCAUAUGUGGAGGUGCGCAUCCAAGGCGCGGGGGCAUGUAAACAAUCAACUAACGAGAUUACACAUACCUGUCGACUUCAGAAAUAGAAUGCAGCCACCAUUACCACGAGAUUACUUUGGAAAUGCCAAUCUACGCCAAGCAGCAAUAACCACAGCAGGAGAGUUGCUCUCAAACCCCUUGGCUUAUGCUUCGAGUAAGAUACGUGAAGCAGUUGAGAAGGUAACAGAUGAAUAUGUAAGGUCUUAUCUUGCACUGAUCAAGAAUCUACCUGAUGUGUCUAUACAUCGUAAUUUUCACACAGUAGGGUGUGCACUGGGGGGUUUCUUCGGAAACCCUAAUAUGGAAAUCACAAGUUGGACAUCUAUGUCUAUAUAUGAUGCUGAUUUUGGGCUGGGGAAAGUAAUUCACAUGGGUCCUGCAACAAUGGGUUUCGACGGGAAAUCUUUCCUUGUACCAGGACGAGAUGAAUCCAUUACCGCUGCAUUGUGCUUGCAGACAGAGCAUAUCGACACUUUCAAAAAGUUAUUCUAUGAAGAAAUAUGA